UUCAGCGAUACUGAAUGACUGCCAGCGUGGACGGCGAGUCAAUCUCCCGUCGAUGUGGCAGGGUCUCAGCGCUGACCUAAAAGGGCCAAUUUAUCACAACAGAACAAGCAUUUCUUCUUGCAGAGUGUCUUGAAACCUCAUUCUUCAGUAGUCGUACUGGACAUUUCUCACCGUCCAGUUUUCACUGAACAACUAUAAGAAUCAAUCAAUUUUUCAGAUUCCAGCAAGAACAAAGAAGAGAGGUGAGAAGAAGCUAGGCAUAUCAUGGGCAACCUGCUGUGCUGCGUGGAGGUGGAGGAGUCGACGGUGGCGAUGAGGGAGCGGUUCGGCAAGUUCGACGGCGUCAUGGAGCCCGGCUGCCACUUCGUGCCGUGGUUCCUCGGCCUUCAGGCGCGCGGCCCCCUCUCCCUCCGCCUCCGCCAGCUCGAGCUACGCUGCCAAACCAAGACCAAGGACAAUGUGUACGUGACUGUUGUUACGCAUGUUCAGUACCGUGUUCUUGCCGGCAAGGCGAGCCAUGCGUUCUACACGCUCACCAACACCAGGUCCCAGAUCCAGGCUCACGUCUUCGAUGUGCUGAGGGCGAGCGUGCCGAAGCUGACGCUGGACGAGGUGUUCGAGAAGAAGAAGGACGUCGCGGAGGCGCUGGAGGAGGAGGUGGCGGAGGCCAUGGCGCCGUACGGCUACGAGGUGGCGCGCGCGCUCGUCGUGGACGUGGAGCCCGAGGAGGGGGUGAUGCGCGCCAUGAACGAGAGCCGCGCGGCCGGGGAGCGGGCGGCGGCGGAGCGCGGCGCGCGGACCAGGCGGGCCGAGGGCGACGCCGAGGCCGCGUACCUGGCGGGGGUCGGCGCCGCGCGCCACCGCCAGGCCGUCGUCGACGGCCUCAGGGCCUGCGUCGUCGCGUUCUGCGCCGCCGUGCCGGGCGCCACGCCCAGGGAGGUCAUGGACAUGGUGCUCGUCGCGCAGUACUUCGACACCAUGAGGGAGAUCGGCGCCGCCGCAGCCGCCGCGGCCGCGUCGUCCGGGUCAGGGUGCUCGUCGGCGGCGCUCCUCCCGCACGGCCCCGCCGCGGCGCGCGACGCCGUGGCGCAGAUCCGCGACGGGCUGAUCCAGGCCGCGCAGCCUCCUGCCGCCGCCGCCGCUGUUGGCCAUUCAUUGGCAGUAGCCAGCGUUUGCGAAGGUAUUACAGAAGAGUAGUUUACUGGGUUGCCUAUACUGUCUCACUGCUAGGUCUUGGGUGAUUUGCCAUCCUCCCGGACGUCGCAUUCUCAAAUGACACUUUCUUCGUGUUUAACUAUUUGUCAUCCGUCCUAUAGAUUUUUAUUGAUUCAGUGCCACUUUUGCUUAGUUUUAUAGAAUUAUAGCUAUAUAGGAUCUUUUAUCUUGAUAAUAAUUAUUUUCUAAUUAUUAAUUUAAAUUUAAAA